AACCUCGUGACCUCAGGUGGCCUGAACUCCGCGUCCCCCGGAACCCCCGCGUGCCCCGCGCCCUGUGCCACGCGUCUCCGGAGCCCCCGCGUCCCCGCGCGCUCUCCAGAGUCCCGGCGGCGGAGGCCACCGCCCGACCCGGCGGAGAGCGCCGCCUUCCUCCGCCCCACCGGCGCCAUGGCCGCCCCCGACCUGUCCACCAACCUCCAGGAGGAGGCCACCUGCGCCAUCUGCCUUGACUACUUCACGGACCCGGUGAUGACCGACUGCGGCCACAACUUCUGCCGCGAGUGCAUCCGGCGCUGCUGGGGCCAGCCCGAGGGCCCGUACGCCUGCCCCGAGUGCCGCGAGCUGUCCCCGCAGAGGAACCUGCGGCCCAACCGCCCGCUCGCCAAGAUGGCCGAGAUGGCGCGGCGCCUGCACCCGCCGUCGCCCGUCCCGCAGGGCGUGUGCGCCGCGCACCGCGAGCCGCUGGCCGCCUUCUGCGGCGACGAGCUGCGCCUGCUGUGCGCGGCCUGCGAGCGCUCAGGGGAGCACUGGACGCACCGCGUGCGCCCGCUGCAGGACGCGGCAGACGACCUCAAGGGGAAGCUGGAGAAGUCCCUGGAGCAUCUGCGGAAGCAAAUGGAGGAUGCACUCCUGUUCCAGGCGCAGGCUGAGGAGACCUGUGCCUUGUGGCAGAAGAUGGUGGAGAGCCAGCGGCAGAACGUGCUGGCGGAGUUCGAGCGGCUGCGCCGGCUGCUUGCGGAGGAUGAGCGGCGUCUGCUGCGGAGGCUGGAGGACGAAGAGCUGGAGGUGCUGCCCCCGCUGCGGGACAGCGCGGCCCGCCUGGGGCAGCAGAGCGCCCAGCUGGCCCAGCUCAUCGCUGAGCUGGAGGGGCGCUGCCAGCUGCCGGCGCUGGGGUUGCUGCAGGACAUCAGGGACACCCUGCGCAGGGUCCAGGAUGUGAAGCUGCAGCCGCCUGAGGUGGUACCCAUGGAGAUGAGGACGGUGUGCAGGGUUCCGGGGCUGGUGGAGGCCCUGCGCAGAUUCCGAGGGGACGUGACCCUGGACCCCGACACCGCCAACCCCGAGCUGGUCCUGUCGGAAGACAGGAAGAGUGUGCGGCGGGGGGACCUGCGGCAGGCCCUGCCCGACAGCCCCGAGCGGUUCGACCCCGGGCCCUGCGUGCUGGGCCGGGAGCCCCUCACCUCGGGCCGCCAUUACUGGGAGGUGGAGGUGGGAGAGCGGGCCAGCUGGGCGCUGGGCGUGUGCAGGGAGAACGCCAACCGCAAGGAGAAGGGUGAGCUGUUCGCGGGCAACGGGUUCUGGAUCCUGGUGUUCCUGGGCAGCUACUACAACUCCUCCGAGCGGGCCUUCGCCCCGCUCCGGGACCCACCGCGGCGCGUGGGCAUCUUCCUGGACUAUGAGGCCGGACAUCUGUCCUUCUACAGCGCCACUGACGGCUCGCUCUUGUACGCCUUCCCCGAGACCCCCUUCUCGGGGACCCUGCGGGCCCUGUUCUCGCCUCUGUCCAGCAGCCCGACCCCCAUGACCAUCUGCAGGCUGAAAGGCGGGCCUGGGGACUCGCUGGCUCCCCAGUGAGGGGGCCUCCC